AAUGUUGAUCAAACAACUCAAUCUGAGGUUUUGUCUCGUUGCACUUGUUUUGUGUGGCCUUGUGCCCAAAUCAUCGAGCGUCUUCGGAUACGAGCUUUUUGAGUCCUCGUCGCUGGAUACCAUAAAAUUGUACUUACAGAAUAUAUCUCAAAGCUUGUCAGAACACCAUCAGACGUAUCGGACAGAUAUUGAGGAACUUCGGCGAAAUAUGAAAUCUACGGAAGACUUGGGAAAUGAUAUCAAACAAUUGCUGCAAAACACCGCAUUUCCACAAACGUGCUCGGAUAUCCCUAAGAUGCAAACCGGUGUAUACCGGCUGAAGCCACAAGCCGAAUACCAAUCAUUCGAAGCCUUAUGCGAUUUUGAUUAUCCACGUGGUGGAUGGACAGUGAUCCAAAACCGAUUCAACGGUUCCGUGGACUUCUACCGAGGCUGGAAGGACUACGAAGAAGGUUUCGGAGAUCUGCGAGGUGAAUUUUGGCUAGGAUUGGAGAAGAUCCACCAGCUCACCUAUUCCAAGCCGCAUGAGUUGCACGUGCUAUUGAAUGACUUUGAGGGUAAAUUCGUGGUGGCCAAAUACGACUAUUUCCGCGUGGCCGAUAAGGCAGAACAUUACACACUGAAGAAUCUCGGACUGUACAGUGGCAAAGCAGGGGAUGGGCUCUCUGAGCAUCUCCAUAAAAAGUUCAGCACCUUCGAUGUGGACAACGAUUCGUGGGAGCGAAAUUGUGCAAUCGAAAAAACUGGCGCUUGGUGGUACGGAGAUUUUGGGUGUCAUACAAGCAACCUCAAUGGGAGAUAUCUUGGACAGGGUGUGAAGGCCAACGAUACAGGAAUGAGCUGGGACAAAUUUCGUGGCCCUAAUGUUUCGUUGAAAAGCUCAAGAAUGAUGAUUCGCGUGAGAGUUUAAACCACAACUAAUGAAAAAAUCAGGAAAAAUAUUUAAAAAUUCUAAUCCAUUCAUACCAUUUUUUUUUAAAAUUAGGAAAUCUAUUUAAACAAACGCAAAUAAAUAAAAGAAUCUUAUUGAUUUAAAGAGUUAAGUUAUUAUUGCGCAUUAACACUAGAAAGACCGCACCAGUCAAAAUGAUCUUUAAAAUGGUCUCUUUUAAUAAGCGAAAUAAAUUUCACCAUGGACUGGUAAAA